AUGGCGCCCCCUUCUAAGUCUCCUUCUCCCCACGCCGUUCCUCCUUCCAUGCUCCUUGGUGCCAACGUCGUGGUGCCACAACUCCAGCCCUCCUUCUCCUCGUCGGUCCUUCCGGCGCUCUCUUCGGACGUCUUUGCCGCUCUCCAUUCGCGCGUCGGUCAAUCGGCUGGUGGCGAUUCUCCGCUUCGAGGCGUGGGGCUGGGUUCCGACGAGGGUGCCCUCUUUCGCGCGCUCCAGCGGGAGCGGGGCGACUCGGCGGGUCUUCGCGCGUCUCUGGACCGCACUGAGCGUACCUUGAGCGGGGUGUGCUCGCGUCUGAUGGAGCAGGACCAGGAGCUACGGCGCGUGAAGACCAACUCCGCCUCUCAGGCUUCCCGUAUCCAACAUCUCGAUGAUCUCGUGGAUUGCUUGACCACCGAACUUGGCGACGCCAAUCGGCGGGUUUCUGAGCUCCAGGUCGCGCUGGCCAACGCCACCGAUGAGCGCUCCUCCGCCUCCCUCCGCUUCCGCUUCUUCCAGACCCGCUGGCGUCGUGCCCGGCGCGAUGUCAACAGCCUCAAUUCCAACCUUCGUGGUCGUUUGGACGAGUUGCGCUUCACCCGUGUCGCCCUUCAGGAAGCCGAGGAAGAUGCUCGUGAGGCCCGCCGUGAGCUCGCCCGCCUUUGGUUCGACUCGGCCCGUGUCCUUCAACGCCUUCGCUCGAGGCUGGGGGAUCUGCUCGAGGCCCAUAGUUCUCGCGUCCCUGGCGAGGUUUAUCGGCAUAUCCUUGAUCGGCUCCGGUCUUAUAUCGCGCGUUUUGGUCCCCUCGAGGGCGCUCUCGCUGGCGAUAUGGAUGGCGACUUUAGUAGCGGUGAGGAGACGGACGCCGAGGAGGAGGCGAUGGCGGAUAUGGAGGGUGAGGCGAUGUCGGGCGCGGAGGACGAUGUUGCGAUUGGCGGGGAGGGGUCGAACGUGCGUGCGUUGGGAUCUGUUGAUGGCGAGGACGACGGUGGGAUGAUUCUGGGUUAUGUCGAAGACGCUGAGGUUGGCGGGGUUGUCGCUGGAGCUGGGGUUGUCGACAUGAGCGACGUGGAUGACUGA